AUGGAUUACCUUGACUAUUUCAAUGACAGUAAGAGACCACCACCAAGACCAGAAAGAAGGUUGCUAAAAGACAGGAGCAACCCACUAAAUGAUUUUGAUGAUUUACAUUUUCUUGACCGUUUCCGUAUGUCAAAGGAAAAUGCAACAGAAAUAAUUGGUUUGCUGCAGCCCAAGCUUACAGGUGACUUAGUCAGAGGCACCCCUAUUUCUCCUUCCUUACAAAUAUUAAUUACCUUAAGGUUUUUGGCAUGUGGAACCUACCAUCGGGAAACUGGGGAUUUGUGUGGUGUAGGUGAAUCAACAGUGUGCAAAAUAGUACACAAAGUCUGCAGUGCUAUAUGUGAACUGAAAAAGGAUUUCAUCAAGUUCCCAAAUGCUGCUGAACAGGCCACCUGCAAGGUGGAUUUCUAUGAAUAUGGGAACUUCCCUGGAGUCAUUGGUUGUAUCGAUGGCUGCCACAUUCCCAUCAAGUGUCCCUCUACAGCAGAUGCUGAGGAAUUCAGAAAUCGUAAAAACUGGUUUUCAAUAAAUGUACAAGGAGUGUGCACUCCCACUAUGCAGUUCUCCAAUAUUGUUGCACGCUGGAAAGGUUCAACUCAUGACUCAAGGAUUUUCCACAACUCCUCUUUAUAUGCUCAGUUUGAAGCAAGACAACACUCUGGAAUUCUACUUGGUGACAGUGGGUAUGCGCAGACAAACUUCUUGUUCACCCCUUAUCCCCAUCCAGUCAGACCAGAGCAACAGCGCUAUAACCAAGCUCACAUUCUCACCAGAGGGCUAAUAGAGCGCAUGUUUGGUGUAUGGAAGAAUCAUUUCCAGCGUCUCCGAAAUACACUGCGGUUUGAACCUAGGAGGUGCUGCAUUGUUAUUAUUGCAACAGCAGUGCUUCAUAAUUUUCUUAAACGGUGCGGCUGCCCAGACCCUGAUAUUGAAGAUGAUGAUGACCAACAUGUCCCCAUCCCUGAGCUAGCCAAUGACAGAAAUGGACUUGCUUACAGAGAUGCUUUUGCUUUGCAGCACUUCUCAUAA